AUGUCGAUUCCAAUAAGAGGCAUGCUCCGUAGCCUACGUCCAACAUCCGCUUUUCGCACAAUUGCCCCCUCAACCCAACGAACAUUCAUAACCCUCCCCGGCAGCGAACCGCAGAUUCUAACGGAAAAGCGAAUUCUGCCCUAUAAAUCCUCAUCCCUCUACAGCCUAAUCGCCGACGUAGACAGCUACUCGACCUUCGUUCCCUACUGCACCUCCUCCGUUGUAACAAAAUGGUCCGCACCCGAUUCCACGGGUAAAAAAUGGCCGGCUGAAGCAAAUCUCACCGUCGGCUGGGCUGGCGUUGAAGAAACCUUUACUUCCAAGCUUCUCUGCGUUCCAGGCACUAUCGUCGAAGCACUUGGCGGGGAUGCUGCAACUUCCAUUCCUGAAUCCAAAGUUCCUCAUCAUUCAGAAACAUACCAUAAAUCCGCUUCUGCCAACAGUAUAUUCCAAAGUCUCAAUACGCGCUGGUCAUUGAAACCUUUCCAUUAUAAACCACCGAGUGGUCAACCACAAACUGAUAAAACGGAACAUGAUGCGAGGGAACAAACAGAGGUGAACUUGGUUAUCGAGUUUCAGUUCGCGAAUCCGUUGUAUACAGCGUUGAGUAAAGCGGUUGCGCCCCAGGUAGCACCGAAGAUGAUUGAGGCAUUUGAGCUGAGAGCCAGAAAGUUGUUGGAUGGGCCUGGCGCAGGCAAGGUUGAUAACAAGACAUCGUUUGGCCAUGCGUUUGAUGCAGCUAAGAAACUCGGUGCAUAA